UCAACAAGCAUUAAGAAGAAAAUCAGUCUGAGAAACUUCAGAGCAUCGAGAGCAAAAGGAAGAUGAAGACUGUUGCAGUUUUUGUUGUGUUUGCCUGCCUACUUAUUCUUCAUGUACAAGGACAAGCCAAGACCGGUGUAACCAGGUGUUUGUGUCAGGGUCCUGCAGCUAAUGUAGUUCGCAUUAAAAAUAUUGACAAGAUUGAGUUUCAUCCCGCUAGUGCAUCUUGUGAAAAUGUGGAAAUCAUUGUCAUUAUGAAGAACGGUGCAGGAAAAAGAUGCUUGAAUCCAGAAUCUGAAUUUACUCAGAAAUACAUCAUGACAGCAUUAAAGAAAAAGAGUUACUGAACAGAAGUGGAGGAAGUAAACAUAUUGCAAAAGUUAUAGUGUACAUAUGAUAUAUCUAAUGUUUAAUUUAUUAGAGUUAGUUCUGCAUAUCACUGGAUGUAAAUAGUUUUUUAAAAAAAAAACAUGCAAGAAGGUUUUGCAUAUAUUAUUUGGUAUACUAAUAUUAAAUUACAAUAAACUUCCGAAUUCAG